CUUCCUCCAACGCAGCGCCGCUGCACUCGCCCAGCAUGAUCAACCGCCUGGGCCAGCGCCUCAAGGAGAACUUCCAGGAGACGACGCGCGACCUCAACCUCCUGGCGGGGGGCGGCGCGUCGGCGUCGGCGGCCUACUUUGACGCUUCAGAGGACAAGAUGUUCGAGAUCACCAAGCUGCUCGAGUCGCGCGCCGAGAGCGAGCGCCUCGAGGGCAUGAAGCGCAUCAUUGCCGCCAUGUCCAAGGGGAGGAACAUGGAGGGCUUCUUUGCCCAGGUCGUCAAGAACGUCGUCGCCAACUCGAUCGAGAUCCGCAAACUCGUCUACAUCUACCUCCUCCGCUUCGCCAACAACAACUCGGACCUGCUGUUGCUGUCUAUCAACACAUUCCAGAAGGACUUGUCAGAUUUGAACCCUCUCAUCCGGUCCAUGUCGUUACGUGUGCUCACGUCGAUCCGUGUGCCCGUGAUCCAAGGUAUCGUGAUGCUGGGCUUGAAGAAGCUUGUGAACGAUCGCAACCCCUAUGUCCGCAAGACGGUCGCCGGCGGCCUCUCCAAGGUCUAUGACAUGGACUCGACGGCGCUCCCAGAGCUCUUGCAGCUCCUGCGAACCCUCCUUGCGUCCAACUCGCCCCUCACUCUCGGCCCGACUCUGACGGCCUUCACCGAGAUCUGCCCCGACCGCCUCGACCUCCUGCACCCGUACUACCGACACAUCUGCAAGCUUCUCGUCGACGCCGACGAGUGGGGACAGUCGGUCAUCCUCGACGUGCUGACACGCUACGCGCGCGCCUUCCUCGAGAAGCCCGACACGGCAGGCGCUGUGCAGGCCAAGCCAAAGGCCACGAACGGCGAGAAUGGCGCGGACAAGGUCGACUCGGACGACGAGUUUGAAGGCCUGGACAUUGACCUCGCCAUGUUGCUCCACUACGCCAAGUCGCUGUUCCACUCGCGCAACCCGACAGUCGUCCUGGCCACCGCCAAGCUGUACUACAACCUCGCUCCAGCUGGCCAUAGCUCCGUCGGCCAGGAGCAGCUUGUCGACCCGCUCCUCCGGCUCGCUGGAAGUGCCAGUGCCGACAAGCACCACUCGGAGGCCAUCGAGACCCUCACAUGGGAGGUCAUCGCGUCCAUGGCUGAGGAGCGCCCGUGGCUCUUCGCACCCCGCUUCACGACCUUCUUCCUGCACUCGCGCGACUGCAAGGCCGUCAAGAAGGCCAAGCUCCGUGGCUUUGUCGCCCUCGCGGAUGCCGAUAACGCCGCGACCUGCCUCCGCGAGCUAAAGGCGUACGUCAACUUCCCCGACGAUGCUGUCGCCGAGGAGGCAGUGCGCGCAAUCGGUCACUGUGUGCGGACCCAGCCUUCUGUCGUGGACUCGGGCCUCAAGACCCUCAUGCGCCUGCUCAAGAGCACCCGCGGCGUUCUCGUCGCGCAGGCCGUCAUCGAGCUCAAGGGUGUUAUCCUCUCCCAGGCGGCAGUGUACUCGUCUACCCCGCAGCACUUGGUCGCCCGGCUCGCAAAGCAGCUGGACAAUAUCACCAACCCAUCUGCCCGGGCCAGCGUCUUCUGGCUCGCGGGCCAGUUUGCCGCCGACGACUCGCCAGACACGACCUUCGGGCUCAAGUGGCCUGGCCUCGCGCCGUGGGUCCCCGACGUGCUCAGGAAAGGCGUCAAGAGCUUCAUCACGGAGGAGGCGCCGGCCAAGCUCCAGAUCAUCACCCUGGCCAGCAAGCUGCUCGUGCUGUCGCCUGGUACCCCCGCACUCGCCCAAUUCAGCCAGUAUCUGUUCACCCUUGCACGCUACGACCACAACUUUGACGUGCGCGACCGCGCUCGCUUCCUCAGUGCCCUGCUGAGAGGCGUCCGCGAGGAGAAGCAGGUGGAGGAGGGCAUCGAGGACGAGGAGCAGGAUGCCGGCGGUGUCACCCUCCGCCGCGAGCAGGUCAAGGUCGUUCUUCUGGGCAAGCGCGAGCCUCCCAAGGCUGUCGCUGCAGAGCAGAGCGCCUACGACGUCGGUUCGAUGUCCCGCAUCACGCACCGCAAGCUGGGGACGUACGAGUCGCUGCCCGACUGGACGGACGACCCGACGGACCCGUCUCUGCGCGAGUCAGAGCUGGAGAAGGAGGCCGAGAAGCCGCCCGUGCCGACGUUUGUGUCGUCAGCGCCGUCGCCCAUCCCGCCGCCAGUUGUGCGCAAUUUGUCCACGUCGAACGCCGCCACUCCGCGCACCGCGUCCCCGGCGUCGAGCGUCCCGCACACGACCAAGUCCAAGUUCCGCGACCUGGACGACUUCCUCAACUCGGAAGAGAGCGAGGAGGAGACCGACGACGAAGACAGCGACGAAGAGUACGAGAGAAGCGAGGACCACGUCGUGGCCGUGUCAGCGCCGCCGGCACAUGAAAUUGUGCCAGAGUACGACACGGAUGACGAGACGUCUGAAGAGGAAGAGGACGAGGAAGAGGAGGAAGAGAGCUCAUACGACGAGUACGAAGUGGACGAGAACGAGGCGCUGCGGCGGCAUUGAGCCGCAUUA